AUGGGGGGUUGUGCUGGAUCUAAGGUCGUUCAGGAGGGCGCCAAGAUUGCGGCCAAUGAGCCAGCCAAGUACAUCGAAAAAGCCUUCGAGAAGAAUGUGGACGAAGAUGAGGAGGAACAGGAAGAGGAUGACGACGAUGACGUCAUGUCCGAUUCAGCAUUCAACUACAAGCCCAGCACGGCUAUGAGUAUUAGUGCCACUAGUGCCACAAUGUAUUUCAGUAUUUGUUGUAAGAUCCAUAACCUCGCAAUGCAAUUAACCUACUCGAAAACUAAAAAUAACCGAGUUACUGACUGAAAUAAGGGAGGUAGCUUUGACAGGGCUACUCUUCCUUGUUCAGGCUUAACUGUGCUUAUUUCAAGUACUUACUCGGUUAUUUCACUUUUUCGAAUAAAACUUUCUCCUCUGAUCCACCAAUCACCAUCGCUGCAGGGCAAUCAGUCUCCGCAUAGGCUUAUGGCGCGUGGAAUAAGAAGGAGGCU